GCAAGUAAAACAAAAUGCCUACAGUGCAAAAGGGAAGAGCUCAGCAGAUGGCCUACUAUAUAUUCAUUGACCUCUGGUGUCUGCUUUUGAGCGAAUCUGCACCACCCCCUUCACAACUUUCCCACCAUGCCCUCCCCCAGCCAUAGAACCAAUGUCGACUAUUCGAACACCCGCCGAAGGAGAGCUUCCCUCCCUGGAAACAUCUCACUGGAGAGCAUCCCACGUUUGACACGGAAGAUCUCUGGCUCAUUGGCUUCCACUUCGGCACAAGCUUUCGACUGGCUCAAUAAUCACACCAAAGUACAAACUCAUAACUUUACCGGUAGAUGCAAUAAUAUCUUACCUUCUAGAUCUCGAGGAUAUUCAGAAAUUUCUAACCGCCCAGCUCAAUUUACUCCCAAGCCAUCAAACCCUAAAUUCGUUGGCAAAGAUAUCUAUGGAUUUUGUUUACCCGAAUCAACUAAAAAUGAUAAGUCCAAAACUCGCGGAAGAAUGGUUUUCGAUAAGAUAUUUCCUCCUUUAUCUGACCAACCGCGAAAUCUUAGGCCAUCAUCAAUUUGCCGUAGUGAAAGUCCAAGGACCGCACGACCUGUUUCACGUAGUGGACGUGGAUUGGAGAACCAUUCGGUCAUGCGGCAAUCGAUUGGCCAAUUCGAUUACCCUGUUCGCUGUGAUCCAAUCGAUUCUAAUCUUAUCGCAUCAAGAUCCUCGAUAGCUCAACCUAUACCCGUUCGUCCCCGAAGACCCAGUGAGCAAACUGACACAGAAUUGGCCAUGUUGCAACGAGAAACAUACGGUAUGAAAAUCCCAGUUCAUCAUCCUGUUCGUCAUACUAAAACUGUUCAUAGAGAAGUAGCUAGUAAGCAAAGGGAAUCUUAUGGUUCUAUCUCAAGUCCUCAAACUCAAACAGGCAAUGAAGAUCUAAACGAAUUAUCAUAUGUUGGUCUGACUAUGAGUGUCAAUAACAAAGGUAAUAUAACAAGAAUGAAUCAUGAUGUCCGCCAGUCAUAUGGGAGCAGAUGAUUUUCUUUGUUUCUAUUGGUAUUUGAUUUGAAUCAAAAAAGAUGCGACGAGAUUCGUAUAAAAAAAACAAGGAUUAAAAAUGUACAUAUCUCUUCCAAACUGUUAUCAUCGGUCAUUGUGUUUCUUGAUCUUUCUUAUGAAAACAUCAUAUCAAGGAUCUUAGUAUUCAAUUUUUCUUGCAG